AUGGUGGACUCGGAUGCGAGUUCAGGCUCCAGCAGUAGCUCAAGCUCUGACUCAGUGCUCAUCCGCGUGCCACUUGAUCAAAAUCGACGCAAAAAACUGCGCGCGCAGCUUCAAGAAGAUCAGCGGCGUCAACUUGAACGGCAGUUAUCAGCUGUUGAUGCUACGAGCUUCAAGACGCUUAAAUCUGACCCUGAAAGCGAUCGCAGCAAGGGAGAGCAUAUUUGCGUCGUUUGUGAGCGCGAAGGUGAUGACCUGGUGAUUUGUACUGGUCCUUGUAUCUCUGCAUUUCACGUCAGCUGUCUACCACCCGAUUAUAAUGUCAGAGGUAUUGCACACGGAGUGUGGCUUUGUCCCAGUUGCAAGAGCAAGACCCACGCGUGUUUUCACUGCAAACAAACGGGUGUUGAGACGCUGAAAGACGAGGCUCCAGCCUCGUCAAGCUCGGAUAUUGUUAAGAAACCGGUGCGAAAGUGUCGUGCGCUUUCAUGUGGCAAAUUUUACCAUCAACAUUGCAUUACCCAAUUCCCAUUGGCCAGAAUUGCCAUUAAUACGCAUUUUAUCUGUCCACUGCACACAUGUGCGGGAUGUAAUCAAUCAGGUGCACAACAGGAAGCAAUUUCGCCGAAGCUCAUUAUUUGUCCAAAACAUGGGAAUACACGACUUAGGAAAGAAGACAGACAGGAACGAAAGAGUGAAACUUUGACACAAAUGAGUAUGCUGCAAGCUCAGGACGAGAAUGAAGAUGAAGCAGUAAGUGAAGCAUCCGCGGUGAGUUUAAUUAGCGGAAAGAAGAAAAAGGAAAAGAAGGAAAAACGAGACAAAAAGAAAAAGAAGAAGAAAAAGAAGAAAGACAAACACAAAAGAGAAAGUUUAGCUUCACAAGCAGAUAAUGAACACGACGAAAAGCAUGGAAAGAAAAGAAAGCGAAGUAAGAAAGAUUUACUGGAGGCAGAUGAUAGCAGCCCAUUGAUACCGUCCACCCGUCACUUAGAAUCAGUGAUAGUCGUAACAGAUCCCGAAACAACGCACGCUCCAGCAGUCAUUGAAAGUCCAGCAACUGCUACUAAGCGAAUCCAAGAGCGACUGGAAGAGGCUUUGGGUAAGAGUGAUGAUGAAGAGUCUGACGUGUCGACGGACAGUCGUCUGGAAGGUAUGAGACGUCUCGAUAGGCUUGAAAGUGAAAUUGCAUCAGAUACCAAGAUUUUUGUACGUGAAACGAGCUCAAAUGAAGAGAUAGCGCGACAAACUCGACCGCUGUCGAUAGACGAAGUUAAGGAUUCGAUUAAUUCUCCUAUACCUCCUUCUUCAGCGCCUGCGAGUCCGUCAGGUGACCACAUUUUUCUUGAAGUCCAAUCGUCUGCAGAAGAAGAUACGGCUGAUUCAAAAAGUGUACAAAAGAUGGAGCAUAAGGCUGACGAUGCGAGCAUAAAUCGUGAUGAGAAAAUGCCUAUCAGCGAAGACACUUCAAGUCUGGUAACUCCGAAGUCGCCGUCUAUAAACGCGUCGGAUUUACCCACAUCGAAUAGUUUAGCAGGCACUCUGAGACUGAAACACGUCUCGAACGAAAAAGAAAUUGAUGAUGAGGAAGGCACAGGAUCAAUAACACCUAGUGCUGAUACGACACCGCGAACCCCUAGGUACUGCCGAGGAUAUGGAAAAAAAAGACGAAAGAAUAAAGCUAAACGAGAAGCACAACGCGGAACGAAACGAGGCGUGAGUGAAGAAGACGAUGAAGAAGUAAAUGAGGCUAAGUGGGUUCAAUGUGAUAGCUGCAAAAAGUGGCGAACAGUGCCGAAAGAUAUUAAUUUGGAUGCGAUGCCCAAGCACUGGUACUGCAACAUGAACACGUGGGACGAACGAUUCGCUUCGUGUGAUAUUGCAGAGGAAGUUUUAAAGGCGAACCCGUCUCCAAGCAGAGGUAAACGGAGGAACAAGCUUAAGAUGAAGUCGAAGUCCACAGCGUCCAGCACAGGAGAUGAUGGUGGGUAUUCAUCGUGUGAGUCAGGUCCACUUAGACGACCAGGAGGAUUAUUAAAAGACCUUGCGGCAGGCGUGACAAUGUCAGAAGAAAGAGAUAUUAAUGCGAGGUCGAAAUUCAAGGAAAAGGGAAAAAAGAAACGCAAGAUGACGAAACAACUCAAGGAAAAGUAUCGCGAGGUGAAGUGGGUUCAGUGCGAAAGCACUCAAUGUGGAAAAUGGCGCGUUGUACCAGCUUCAAUCAACUUUGAUCGUUUACCAGCAGUAUGGUAUUGUCACCUAAAUACGUGGACUCCGGAGUUGGCGAAAUGCAGCGCACCAAACCCGCCAGAAGUUGACACUUUUUGGCUGAAACAAACCAAGAAGAAGGAUCGCCCUACUAAGAAUACUAGAACUUCCUCGACCUCCGCAGACCUUACACCAACAGUAUCAGUGUCAACCAUAGCAAGCACUGGCAUGACGCCGGUAUCUUCAGCUACGGGCCUUGCAAGUUUGGGAAAAUGGAAUAUGACCAAGCAUGGUAAAAACUCUAAGUCGACAAUGGUUGCAGCAGGGAAUGAAAUACCAAUCAAUAGUGGCGUGGAAACUAUCAACAGUCAUCCUAUGAGUGGCGAUAGCAGCACUGCUUUUCACGCUAUGAAAGGAAAGGGAGGACGUGCGCUAAACACUACUAGUGGCGUGAAAAAGACGGUCCUAGAGUGGGCGCAAUGUGAAAAGUGCAACAAGUGGCGCAAGCUGCCACAACACAUCAAGUCAUCCACGUUGCCCGAUAAAUGGUACUGCUCGAUGAACCAUUGGGACCCGUCACACGCUAAAUGCAGUAUUCCAGAGGAAGUGGAUCAAGAGCCAUUGCCAUUGCCACCGCAUCCUGGAUCCCAGUGGCACAAAGGAGGACAUAAAGGUCAGCGUACGAGGCGAGGCAGAUUGAGUUACUCAGAGUUACUAUACGGUAGUACUGGGCAGCUGCGAAAAGCGUAUACUCGCGAAUCUUCGACUUUAUCGUUUGAGUACGAAGGUAGGAUGUAUUAUCGUGAUGACCAAUACAAAAACAGCAGUAUGUACGUGUCUCCAGCAGCAGUGGCGGCCGCUGCCACGAUGGCAGGAUGGAGUGGCAGUGAUCGAAUUAUACAAGAGACAAGCUGUACAAAAGACGGCAAAGUAAAUGCGCUUGCAGCUGCUACUCAUCCUCAAGCAACUGUCGAUCAGAUUGCUGCCUUAGUACUAGAAAGCAUGGAUUUGCGCUGCCACCGGAGUGUCUCUGAGCUUUAUACUGCUCUUAAUUCAUCCCAACGAAGACUCGAGACGGCUGCAACAGGCCUGACAUCAUUAGCUAUGGUCACAGCUGCUUUGGGUCAAUUAGAGCACCGUGGCUUGGUGGAAAAAGUGGAUGAGCUCACGGACGAAGAUGACGACCCUGAGUCACAAAAGCGGAGAAGGCUGGAUGCGCUCCAUUAUAGCGCAUUCUCUAUACCCAUUCGCUAUCGGAAGCGUGGCCUUCGAGUGGAUCUCGCCAAGGUCAGGGCCAAUAUGGGCUGGCAGGUUCGAAAAGGCCAGAAAGACUCGCGAAAGUGGCUUGGCCUGCCAACUACUUGCAAAAGUAUAGCACAAAUUUUGCAGACAUUGCCAUUGUCGAAUCUCCUUGAGAAGGAUAACGCUUGA